AUGUAUCCCUCUCGCAUUCUGCGGAUGCAGCCUUCGCGUCCUGCCUUCCACCCUGCGCCGAAGGAGGCUCACAGCGCCCACACUAUCUCCCAGCGCCUCCGUCUGAUCAAGAAGUGCCCUCCCGAGUUGAUCCCUCUGGGCAUUGUCCUUGCUGUUGCCCUCGGCGCCGCCGGUUACUCCAGUGUCCACAAGCUUAUGUCUGACAAGACCCUGCGCCUUUACCGCAACAGCCCUGAGAGCCGCGAGCACUAG